AUGUCCGGCCUCGACACCCCCGAGAUCAAGGCCGCCUACGAGGCUGUCCGCAGCGACAAGGACGACACCAACUGGCUCCUCAUCUCGUACGCCGGCAACGUCGGGGACAAGCUCGCCCUCACGGCCUCCGGCUCGGGCGGCCUCGCCGAGGUGGCCGGCAGGCUCGACGACUCGCAGGCCCAGUACGCCUACGUCCGCGUCGAGUACGCCAACGACAGCGAGUCGAAGCGCGUCAAGUUCAUCCUGGUCGUCUGGAUCGGCGAGGGCACAAAGGUCAUGCGCAAGGCCCGCGUCUCCAUCGAGAGCGGCAACGUCAAGAAGGCCUUUGGCCACCACGCCGCCAUCGACGCCCGCGACAAGGGCGACCUCGCAGAGGCAGACAUUGUCAAGAGGCUGCGCGCAGCCGGAGGCGCCGACUACAACGGCGGCCGUGGUUAA